GCAUGCUAUAUUAGAACAUUAUUCUACUGGGUUUAAUUUUGGUCAUGGAUCGUUGUGUAUGAGAGAUCGUGAUUUACACGUUAACAAUAAUUACGGUAAUUAUGAGAAUAACUUGAAUACAAAAAUCGUUUAUACUAUUGAAAUAAUUGAAAUUUAUAUUGUGGUCAAACUAUAG